GAAAAAAGAAGAGAACUAUCAUCUGUAGUGCCAAUACGAACAUAAAAGUGCUGACAGCUUCUUCACACAAAUCAUUUUUGAGAUGGAGAAAUCAACUUCUAGCUAUGAUUACUAUUUCUAUACAGAUCUUCCUGAAGAUAACUGCUCAGCUGUGGAGUUGCCUUACAAACACAUUUUCCUGCCUGCUCUCUAUACCAUUGUAUUCCUGGUGGGAAUUGCUGGCAAUGCCCUUCUAAUAGGAGCGCUAAUCUUCAAACGGCGGAUUCAGAGGCUAAUUGAUAUCUUCAUUGUCAACUUGGCAGUGUCUGAUUUUAUAUUCCUUAUCACAUUACCCUUUUGGGUAGACAAAGAGAGGACCUCAGGACUUUGGAGAUCUGGCUCUUUUCUCUGCAAAGGCAGCUCCUACACCAUCUCAGUCAACAUGUACUGCACUAUCUUUCUCCUCACUUGCAUGAGUAGCGAUCGGUACCUGGCAAUCAUGUACCCAUCAGUGGCUAGGAGAAUCAGAACAAAGCUGUAUUCCAUCAUCCUUUGCACUUGUGUCUGGAUUCUGUCCUGCCUACUUGGGUUGCCUACCCUUCUGUCCAGAGAGCUGAGGAGAUACGACAACAGCACAUAUUGUGUGGACAAGGAAAUCACAUCUACUCACCAGAUUGGGUCGGUGCUGCUACUAAUUCUGGCAUUCUUUGUUCCUCUGUUCAUCAUCUUGACUUUUUAUUGCUCCAUCACCAAGAAACUCUGUGUGCAUUAUCAGAAAUCUGGAAAACAUGAUAAAAAGCUAAAGAAAUCCAUCAAAAUUGUCUUCACUGUAGUGAUCAUUUUUGUUUUCUCAUGGGCUCCUUUCAAUAUUUUUAAGUUUCUAGCUCUGAUGUCUGCAAUCCAGGAACUGAAGCCACCUUUCUGCCUUCCCUACAAAGUUGCCCAUAUUGGUAUGGAACUGAGUGGCCCAUUUGCGUUUGCCAACAGCUGCACGAACCCUUUCAUCUACUACUUCUUUGAUGACUACAUCCGUAGGGCAAUGAUGCAAUGUAUAACUCCGUGCACAAAGGCCAACAACUUUGGAACCAGUUCUGAAAGCUCAGACACUCGCCUUAGCUACUCCUUGACUGCAUUUGCCCACCGGGAAGAUGUUUCUAGGAAGAGAAGGAGGUCAGUAUCAUUCUGACAAGAGUCAUAAUUCUGAAAGUUCCAGUGUCUCCAUGUCAAGAGUAAGAUCAAGAAAAGGAGGUCAUGGAAAUGUAAGAAAAUGAAAAGAUUAGAAUAAAUCUAAAAAGUUAAUUGACUGUAAUAUGACAGUAAAUUGUAUUUCAUAAAAUGGCAUGUUUCUUAUCUUAAACUAUGUAAUUACAAAGUUCAUUUGGAAUAUAGUCUGUAAUAUUAGCUAUAGAUUCUUGAAAGUUAUUAGGCAAUUACACCAAGAGGCUUACCAACCAAUAAGAAACGAACCAUGGAAAACCUUAGGUCAAUAUUCUGCUGUUCCAUAAGAAGUAUAAUAUUACAAACUCAGAGCAACCAAACCAGUUCAUACCUGCCUCUUUUAUAAAAUCUUAUUAACAUAAAAAAAUUAGUUUAGAAUGCAUUUUUUUUGUUAUAUUCUGCAUCUUUUCUUGUUAAAUGCUAUAAUACUGAAUUGUUCAGGAUUCUUUUAAAAUCUACUUUUUUGUUUAUCUCCAUUUUCAACUCUCAGUGUCUGCACUAUUACAUGUAAAAACUAUUUUAGUUUAACACAAUCCUAUGUAUACUUGAAAAUGUAAGUUGCAUUGUGCUGUGAGAAGAGUACAUAGGACGACAACCUUAAAUAAUGUUGUCAUAAUAAUUUUAGAGAGGGUUUUGAAAGGAUUUUUAAAUAAAUAUAUACAUAAAAUAGUUUUUUCUUUUGUAAAUCUCAUUCUCAUUUGUAUAAAAUGGUGCAGAAAGUAUUGGAAAUUCAGUUAAAAUUUCACAGGAAAAAUAAAAAUUAUUCAGCACAGAUAUUAUUCAGAUAUUUCUCUUGAUCUCAUGCAUGACUCAUGAUUGAGGAUAACUGAUUUCUAGAAUAAAAGACGCCUAUGCUCACCACUAAUUUUAAGUAUUGAGUUUCUUUAAUGUUUUUUCAUUCCAAGAACUACACUGUUUAAUUUAUCUGCCUCUCAGAGUCUGAACACUGCCUCCCUUUAACAGCAGUUUUAAUUUCUAAAACUUUAGGAAGUGUGAACAUGUUUUAGAAAUUUGUACAUUAGCUUUGGAAAUCAGUGUGAUUUUUUUUGCAAAUGUAAAUUUAAAAAGUGUUGUUUUUUUUAAAAA